UCUCGCUCACUCUCUCUCUCCUCCAGAUUGGGUGUGGUGCAUCAUUCCCUGUGUAGUUGGAUUGAUCCCCUGCGCCUGCCUUCAAUCAAUUGCAAUUUAAGAAGAAGAAGAAGAGCAGCAAUAUUAAUGGAGGAGGAGAAAGAAUUGAGGCUAUUGAGUAGGGAAGAUUUUGAUGGGUUGCGCAUCCCAGACGAGCCAUGGGAGCAGUUGUCGCUAGUGGCUGCUGUUGCAUCCUCUCUUCACAGCACUGAAUCUGCUGAAAUGAGCCAUCGUCUCAGAAACGGCAUCAUCCAAAUUGGCGGCAGUGACAUUCUCCCCGUCAUCCAAAAAAAGCUCUCAUCCACCGAUGUUAGCAGGAGCCACAAUCGGCUCUCCAUCCCACUUGUCCAAGUCAUGUCUGAAUUUCUGACUAUGAAGGAGAAGAACUUUUAUCUCUCACAGCGCGAUACAUCCGGGAAGAAGCUGGUUGGCAUGGAGGUGCCCUUGAUGGUUGAUCACCCACAUGCACAAGACCUUCAUGUAUUCUUGGGCAUUCGAUUGAAAAAGUGGGACAUGAAGAAGGAGAAAGGCAAGACCAGCUCGUGUUAUGCCCUGGUUUCGAAGUGGAAUGACGUAGUUGCAAAAACCAUGCUCCAAAACAACAUGGACAUCCAGCUCUGGUCCUUCCGCCGCAAUACACAGCUCUGUUUUGCUCUACAACUAGUUCUAUAGAUAUAUAGGUUCCAUCUAAUUACCGCUUCUCUGCGUGCAUGAGAUGGGGCACAUGUGGAUGCAUAAUUUUUAUGUGUAUGUGUGUAUGGGUAUGCAUAUGAAUAUGUGUAUUUUUAAUUCAGGGACUCUACUCCUUAUCACUUGUAUCAAUCUAGCUGGGCUGAGUACGUGUAUUAAUAUACAAUAUAUAUGUGCUUUGCCUGAUUCA